CCUGCCAUUUGUAAAGCAUGCUCUUUUUGGAUCCUACCAUAGACAGAACCUACAAUAUAUAAAACCUGGUACUGUAUUACCUGCCAUACAUAGAACCUGCUUUGUAAACAACAAGGCAUAUGUAAAACCUGCUAUUAGUAGAACCUGCGAUAUAGAGAACCUACAAUCUAUUCAACAUGGCAUUUACGCAACCUACCAUUAGUAGAAACUUCCAAAAUUAGACCCUGGCCAAACAUAAAUCUCGACAGAACUCUAUAAAACUAAUUUCUUACCUGUAGCCUUAUGCAACACACGACUUCCUUAAUGUACGAUUAAUUCUACAGGACGAAUCUAUACGAAGAGAUGAAAUUAAUAAGGGCAGUAAUUCGCAACCAGAUGGCCCAGUUGUAAUUACUGAAACAAAUUGGAAAAUGUAUAACAACUCUUCGAAUUUUGUCUGUCAAGUUCCCCCCACGGCUGAAUUCUGCAUAGUAGGCAAUAUGACCAAAGUUCGGUUAAACGGAAAAACCUGGUGUAUUAUGUACUACAGGCUAUUAAGAACGUUUCAUAACGCCAAUGCAGAAUGUAACAAGUUAACCGGCGGGCCGAACAAUUCACUUCGGGGACAUCUUGUGGAGAUCUUCAGCCAGGAAGACAAUCAGGUUAUUAGAAGUUUUAUACAAGAGAAAAAAAUUCAGUCCAGUGGUUCUGAAUUUAGGGCGUUCAUCGGACUUUACCGUACCAAUAACACAUAUAGAUGGGUCAACUCAACUCAGGUGCCAACAUAUUUUGACGUGGAUCCAAUUUACUCGGGUUCGAUGCUAAAAGUGGACGAAUCUAUGCGAAGAGAUGGAAUUUAUAAGAGCAGUGAUUGGCAACCAGAUGUCCCAGUUAUAAUUACUGAAACUGAUUGGAAAAUUUAUGACAACUCUUCGAAUUUUGUCUGUCAAGUUCCCCCCAAUACAUCGAUGAGCAUUGCCUGCACGGAUAAGGAAGAAGGCAGCUCAGGAACUAUUGUUGAGGCGACACUUCGAAGUCCUGACAUUCUUAACUUCCUCAAUCAAGAUCUGUCACUAGGCAGAAGCAUAAUUGUAGUUAGAAGAAACGGGCAUGUUAUCGAUCAUAACAUAACGGUAAACAAAGACGCAGUAACAGUGAAGGUAAUGUGUGAUAAGUGUAGCCUUGCUGAUGAAGGACAAUACGUGAUCAAUGUAUCAAGUGUAUUUAGGUGGAACAAUUUUGAGGAAACGUGUGAUUUGAAGAUUUAUCAAAAAGACGACCUGAGCUUUCUUUACUAUGUUGUUCCUAUUGCCGCAUUGGUUGCUGUGGCAGCUGUUGUUGGUGUUUACAUUUAUAAAGUGCGUCGUCAAAGAGCUAUAAAGAGAAGAAGUGGUCUCAUGACUUUCUCGGCACUCAAUGAACAGUCUCUGUCUCCACCCAUGGACAGUAGCGUAUAUAUUUUACCUGUUGACCCCCAUGGCGGCAACGCCCAAAUAUCAGAUACAGCAACAUAUGAGCUUUCAGAAAACUACUACAGUUCUAUCAAGGACACAGAUGUCAUGAAUGAAGGUGCUGCAAGUGAUGGACAGUCUGAGAUCACAACUGGACGUGACGAGAAUCAAGCGGGUGGUGUGAACAGUUUGGCCGAAAUUGACACCAAAACAGAUUUAAAGUUUGACAAUAAGAUAUAUAUACAGUUUGGCGCUAAGAGCUAUGAACAAGUUGAUAGAACAGUAGAUGAUAAGCAUGGUGUUAAUAGACAUGGAGAAAUUGACUUUAAGACAAUUGGUCACCUUGAGAGAAAGACAGAUGGUCAGCUUGACAAUGAGACAUAUGGUCGACUUUAUAUAAAGUCAGACGGUCAACUUCAGGAAACAAAAGAUGUUAAGCUUGACACGAAGAGAAGCGUAGACAGGGACAUUAAGAGAGAUACAGAACAAAAAUCGGGUGCAAGCGAACAGCUAGACGAAGAUCAGCAAAACGAAUCUACACCAGCCGAUGGGUUAAACGACAACGCCAUGUUAUACGACACCCCUGGAAAUGAUUUUUCGCCAGAAGUAAAUGAAUAUAUGACUCUUAAAUUUUAAAGCUUUAUACAAUUUCCUCCUAGCAUAUUCCAGAUAUUGUGAUGUAUAAUUAGAUGUAGAGAAAAUUAAUGACAAUGUUGCAGUAAACGAAAAUCACAGCCGUUAGAAAGAAAAACAUAAACAUACUUAGCUGAUCAAUAUUUUUUGGAGAAAAUGUCUGCUUAAAUUAAGUAAUAUUUCAUCAGUUUUGUUUUAUUAGUUUUUUUAAUGUCAUUUUUAUACUCCUAAUAUUACAUGACUGAAACGUGUUUUGAGUAGUCUAUGAGCAGUAUAAUAUAUCAGUGUUUUUUUUAUCAUACUUGAUUUAUUUUUUUAAGUCUGUGUAUUUUAAAAUUAAAAUGUAAAGCUUUUAUUUUUUUUUAAAUUGGAUCGCCUUUUGAUGUGUUGUAAUUACCAGUUGUUUCUUUUAUAAACGUACUUGAAUGUUUUAAAUACAU